UUUUAUCCGCUCAUAUUUGUAUACAUGUUAGUAACAUCUUAAAACUAUUAUUAAUAUAACUUGUUAUCAAUAUUGUUACUCUGGAACUGGAAUAGAAUACUUUACAACAAGCUUGGAUACAGAAUUUGGGAGCUUUUGACAAAAACUGCACGAAAAUAAAACACAAAAACAAAACUGGAUUAACGGAAGUUUUUAUGUUUCAAGGAGUAACACACAGAAAGGAUCUUGAGAAAAAACAUGGAUCGUAAUGAUGAAACCAGUUUUUGUGAGAAAUUCCAAGAGGCAUGUCCAGAGAAGGUUUCACAGUUGAGACAGGCUAUCCGGCGGGAUGUUAAAGAAACAGACGGGGAAAUUAUAAUCAUACGGACAUACAACAAAUUUUUGAUACCCUUUCUCCCCUUGGUGAAAUUCCCAGAAGAGUUUGGUCAUCUAUUCAAGGACAAGUAUGUUGACCUUGACAUGCAAGAUGACCUUGAAAGGGUAGAGAUAAUCAACUGGUGCAGAACAACAAAACCAGUUCUGCCACUAAGGACAACAGCUGAUGGAAACUGCUUACUUCAUGCAGUAUCUCAAGGGAUGUGGGGUAUCGAAGAUACAGAACUAUUUCUGAGAAGAUUGUUAUAUGUAAACCUUGUAACAGACCCAAAAGGAGCUUUCAAGAAAAGAUGGAUGUUUCAUCAGAGAAAUUCAUCCCAGUUACAUAGAUUUGAUGUUAGACUUAACACAGUGGAAUGCAGCGAAGAAUGGGAAUCAGUUAUCAAAGCAACAGAUGAUUUUGGAAGGUCACAGAGUCAUGGACUACCAUACACAGCAUUAGAGUCUAUUCAUUUAUAUGUAUCUGCUAACAUGCUGCGAAGACCUGUCAUAGUGCUUGCAGAUACAAUGGCAAGAACAGUUUAUGGGGAGACAAUUCAGGACAGUCAGAUAAAUGGGAUUUAUCUCCCUUUAGAGUGGCCGCCAGAGCAGUGUGAUAAAAAUCCUUUAGUGAUUGGCUACAACAUGAAUCAUUUUGCUCCUUUACUUUUUGAAGAAGAUAUUUCACCGAAUAAUAGUGAUGCCAGUGUUAGAGCCAUCCCAUUAGUUACAAAGGAGAUGGACUCAUUACCAGCUCGAUACUUAAUGCCUAAUGAAGAAGCAAAUUAUAGUAACAUUUUGCGGGAUUAUGUUAAUACAACAGAAGUAUUUUAUGGAACAACAAGUAUCCCAGCUGCAAAAGUGACUUUGGUUCCUCUGCCAGAGACUGUAAAUAUAGUAGAUGCUUGCAGGAAAGACUGUGAGAGAAAAUUUAGGCGUUUAAUGGACCCAGAUCCUGAGACAACCGUAUCCCCAUUUAAUUUUCAGGUGGAAAACAUAGAACCAAGAUCACCUGCACACCAUAGACAGCGUGCUGAUGUUCCUCCAGAGCGCUUAAAUGACCGACGAAAACGUUGUGCUACAAUAGGCUGUGAACUUUUUGCAAACCCAGAGACACAGAAUCUAUGCUCUAAAUGUUUUAAUGAUUUUACCAUACAGUAUGCUAGACAGGAAGAGGCUGCAAGGAAGAUUGCUACACGGCGACCGAUUUUGCCAGAACAGGCAGUUCCAUUUGGGCAGAUCCCUGCCGGGGGCAUAGUACCAGCAAGACAGGGCUCUAGGGGAGAAAAUUUUCAUGACUUGUCAAUGAUGGGUGAAGAUUGUCAUGCAGGUUGUGGGUUUAAGUGUUCAACAGAGACAUACCCAUAUUGCCAUGAAUGUUACCCAAAGUUUGUGAGGACUGGAACGGUUGCACAUCAGCCACAACAAGUAGAACCACAAAGACAACCUACGCAACAAGACUUUUCUAUGAUGCCCGAAACCUGUCAUAACCCGAACUGUUCUUACAGGUGUUCCAAGGCUACAUAUCCCUACUGUCAUGGAUGCUUUCCAAAUUUUAGUAGUCCCACUCAUGCCGCACCAACAGCACCUCCGCCUUCCAUUCCUAUUGUAUCAGGAUCAAACCCAAGCCCAGUACCGGCACCAGGCAGUAGUCAAGAUGUACACAUGAGAAUGCAGUCAAGUGAUGAAACUGCAGUCAUAGCAGGGACCAGACUUCCUCAGCAAGGUAAUAGGGUGCCUGUAAAUUUGCAGAUGGCACAGAAUACAGAGGCACAGAGGCAAACGGAACCGAUGGAUGUCCAGAUUGGAUCUGGUGUACUGAAUAAAAAGUGUACUACACUUCAGUGUACUAGCUUGGCUUUAAAGGGAAACAGUGGUUACUGUGAGGCAUGCUACCAAUUAACCUUGUUUGGAGGUGGAAAUCCUGCAGGAAAUACACCGACUAGUGGACCCGCAGUAGUUAAAUGUAGAACUCCUGGUUGUAAUGAAGGCAUAACUUUAUCUGAGGCAACACAGUGUGUUGCAUGUUUUCUGAAAGGCGAUAGAAGUCAGUGCAACUCUCUUACUGGAUCUCGCACACAGACUGUGGGAAUGAAUAUAGUUCCAACUUCUGAAGAAAAGAUUUUAAACAGUGGACCUACCGGAAAUAUAAGAACGGCAGACCAAGCUCGUGUGUUUUCGUUAUCUGGUGCCUCAAUGCGAUCUAUACCUACUGAGCAUGACGAAACUGGUGCACAGGCUCCUUUAAUUGCUCCAAUGACUGUAGGUCUUCAAGCUGAACAAGAACUGAAAUACCAGAGUGGAGAAGCAAGAAAAUAUAUUUGUGCAACACCUGGAUGCGAUGGUAUCCGCACCGACACUGAACAAGGACUUUGUUAUACAUGUAUUAGAAAAAUACCGAGCGCUGAAACAGCAGAAACUCAGCCACCAUCUGGAAGCAACCUUAACGAAUCUACAGCAUAUCCGUCGUGUAGUCCUGUAGCUCCGUCAAAAGAAGAAAUGAAAAAGCUAAAUCCAGUGGUUGUUAGCUCUAGGGACAAAGUAAAAUGUGCUUCGCCAACCUGUGAUGCUUUAAUUUAUCCACCUAAAAAACUAUGCGACACCUGUAGCGCUGUUCUGCAGAGGUUUCAGGCUGACAGAACGAAAGCGGAAAAUAGAAAAUCAGUUGGAGCGCAAGGACUUCCAUGUAAAACCAAAGGCUGUACAUUCUUUGGAUCGCAAGGAACUAAUGGCUAUUGCUCGUCGUGUUUUAAGGCACAAGUACAACCACAAAGGCAUACAACACCUUUGACGAGCAGAACUCGCCCUGCUACAAACACAGCACCAAUACUUUCUGGACAUCAGCAACCUGAAACACGUCACACUGUACCUAUUGUAGUACCAAGUAAAGCGAAACUAUGUAUAGAGAAAGACUGCACACGAUAUGGGGAUCCCAGCCAGCUGGAGAGAUGUUCAGCUCACUACGAGCGUGCUAUAUCACAAUACAUGCCGAUGUCCCCAGCAUCAUUAGAACAACAACGUCAAAUUUUAGCUCAGCAACAACAGCCCCAACAACCAUCCACAGCAAAUAGGCAGACUUCUAGAAAUCGGAUUGAAACUAGCGGCCAUCACGACAGAAGACAUAGACCGGAAGUAGUACCGUCUCAUCAUAACGGAACAAGUCAAGUCGUUACUGGAGCUGCUGCUGCAACCCAUCAGGUCGCGAAUAGUUCGCCUCACGAUGGUUCUUUCGAACAGUCUUACAACAAGUUAAUAAGUAGUAAAAAGAGUAGUGUUUGUAAGAAUAAAUCAAGAACUGGUUGUAGCAAUUUUGGUAAUGCGUCUAAAAGUGGAUACUGUAAUACUUGUUAUUUAGAGCUACAGGGAACAUCUGUUGGACAAAAUGGUUUCCGCUAAUCAUCUUGAUGACUUGCAGUUAAUAGUGAAUACAAGCGUAUACAAACAUCAUAUGUUGUACUUUGUUUCUUCUCGAACAGAAAACAUAUAUGGGACAGUCUUAUUUACAGUACAAAUGCAUAUUGUGUCUUCUCAGAUCGGAAGAACAAUGUAGAUAGUGUCACACGUAAAUUUAUGCCUCUGUUAAUAGAGACUAUUAGUAUAUUGUUCAACAGAUCUAUUUAAAUUCAUGAAAACAGGAAUAUGUUAUAUUUACUCGCCCACAACUACGUAAGCACUGACAUUCAUUAGGACAUUUAUUCUUGAGUAAUAAACAGUAUGUUAUUCGGUUAUUUGAGAAACCUUGAAAAGGGUUCUAAAUACUACAGUAGCUAAAGGUUUGUUAGUAAUACUGGGUCACAAAAUAUUUUAUGGAACUGCUUUCGAAGUUUAUUUCUGACAUCAAAUCACAGUCAGUCUGUUACAGAGGGUGUAAUCCUGCUGAGCAGAGAAAAGCUCUAUGCUAACAAUCUUAUGGAUAUUUACGGCUUUUUAUGAUAGGACUUGUAUGCAUGCAUAAAUCAAAUGCGAUACGUAUUUUUUUUUUUUUUUUUUUUUUUUUGCAUAAAUCAAAGUAAAUUUUUAUUUCUUUUACAUAUUCUAUCUGGAGGAAGAACUCUGCUAUUGUGAUCCCUCUAAUUCAAAUUUUAGCAAAAUUUCCCAUAUUCAGUGGAGCCCACUUAGCCAAAUAAAACAUUAGUUAAUGAGAAUAUUAUAGUUUACCUGAGCACGAAUUUAUUUUCAAGGACUUUUUCUUUGUGUGACCCUUUAUCACUUUUGUUCAAGUCAUUUUUGUUCAUAAAAAAGAUAGGCCGGGCUAGUUUUCCCUAUAUGGCUAUAAAUAUACAAUAUUUCGAAAAUCCAAUUCUCGGAAUAAACAGGCCCUCUUUCAAAGUAAGUUUGCGGUGAGCUCGAUAUGGUCGUCACUUUUGGCGGGUCGGUGUAUGUGCGUGCGUCCGUCCGAUUUUGUCGGGACCAUAACUUUGGCAUACACGGAUCAAUCUUGUUUCAGUAUUGCUAUUUACCAAAUUUAUUACCUGUUUUGAUCUUUGAAACUCAGUUGAGCGAUUAAGGACAAUUGUGUUUGGUUAUUUAUAGUAGUUUAUAGUAUUUAGGCUAUCUAGCUGAUGCCUACCUUUAUGGGUUAGCAUGCCAUAUUUGGGGGAUCUGCUGCCAAUACUUAAAUGCUAGUAUAAAAGGGGUUCUUUGUACAUAAUGGAAUAGUUAUAAAAGGGUUCAUUGUUAAGGACUUUAUUAGUUUUAUGGGACUUAUAAUAGGGAUUUAUGAUGAAGUCAUAACUAAGUGGGAGUCGGAGACACUACUUGGUUUACAGUUUACAGAUUCGUUGUAAUAUAUGACUUUCAUGUGUAUAAAUAGAAUAGAAUUUCAGCUUUGUUGUAUUAUGAAAACUUUUAUGGAGAGAAAGAAUAUUUACACGUGUGUUAUCUUGCGUUACCAGUGGAUAUCUGACUUUCGGAAUAUUCAUCUCUUGUGGUCUAUUGGAAACAGUAUCACACAUAGUCUCUUUGGCCAAGUGGUUAAGGAUGCUGACUGUGGUGAAAUAAUGACUGGAGGGACAGCUAGGGUGUUCAUCAACCAUAAAAAAAUCGGAAAGUGGCCAUAUUACAUAUAAUACAAUACCGCAUACUAAUAUAGUUGCCUUUAACGGAACGUAUUGAGUUACAUGUUUUGUAUUAAUGAAUUAUUCACCUGUAAAUACUUAACUUGUUUCAUAUGACCUAUGCAUGUUAAAGUUAGUCAAAACGAUGCUGAUUGAGUAUACAGAAUUAUAUCUAUACAGAGCGAACAGUUUUAUAUGUUCUGAAUAAGUGCGUUUCCUUUCUUUGUACGUUUUGAAAGAUUUAAGGUUUGUAAUAAAAAACAAUGACAGAUUGCUAUCAGGUUAUCAAAAGAAAUUAGUUCGCGUAAAAAACAUUGACUUGUAUUUAUAUAAGGCAGGCGGCGAGGUGAUUAGUUAGCAUUGCUUGAGGGCGAGCAUGUAUGCAUUUUCAGGAUACUGAUCUUCAGAAUUCAGAUGUUUUGUGUAAAAUUCAUCUUAAAGAAAUAUUUAGCCAAUAUCCAGUUGGAAAAGCCUCAUUCUUAGAGUGCAGCAAUCGCACAUUGUUUCAAACUUGCAGGCCAGUGUAAAUACAAUUUACCACUAACCUGUAAUAACCUGCUUGAUUUUGUUACGUGUUACGUAUAGAAGUACGUUUUUGUUUUACAUUAAAACUUAUCAAGUCUUUGCAUUAUGAUAUUCUUGUUUCGCUUGUUUGUUCUGACUGAAGGAUUGAAAGUUAAUUAAGUCUGUGAUAUGUGUACAUAAUGAUAUGUGUUGGGUUUAGUUUAAUAAUAUAUUUUUGCGUUUAAUAUAUAGUGUACAACGGGAUUUGGCACAAAGUCUAUCAACCUUAUAAAACCCUCUCCCAGAAAAGUAACAAAAGUCAUCUACUACAUCUGGUAUAUCGGUAUUUUGUUUAAUCAUAUUACGGAAUUUUUUAUGUGAAUUUCAUAACGUUUUAGCGCAGGAAGACUUUCCAAUUUAUUUUUUAUAAAUUUCACAUACUUUGUUGUAUUUUGUUGCAUUUGAUAUUAGAAUCUAGAACGAACUAACAGUUUGAUGUAUAUCCCAGUAUUUAUUAAUGUUGUACAGUUACUUUUAUGAUUUUACAUAUAACAACACUUCUGAUUAAGUAACAACGGAAUUGAUCCCUGAUUCUUGUACAUGUAUAUCAUAAACUGGGCUGUAAAUAUGUAAUCAUGCUAUAUUUGUUUCCUUAUUUUGUCUGUACUGUUAAAACUGUGCAGUGUGAAUAAAACAUUGUUUAAAUCUACAAAUUUUUGCUUCUGUAUUAAAAAGCACGUUUGAUGACUCCCAUAAAAUAUGAACAGAACAUAAUAAAAUAACCUUCUGUUUUGCAUAGAAUAAAGAAAAUAUCUGCACUUUUAUAGUAUUUGUUGUAAAUUUUUAUGGCCAUCUUCUGUCAGCAGUUUCACAGUUUUCGUCCAGGGCCCAGUUGUUCGAAACUUUAACGGGCUGUUAAACUAACCGCCUGUUAUAUUUUGAUUAAAAAUACUAGUCUUGGUGGGAAACACUUGUAUGAUGUUUUAAUUUAACUGUAAAGAUGUUUUAGUGUUUGUAAUCCUUAAGUCAUACAUUUGUUUUUCUAAGUUUUCUAAAGUGACGAAACAUUAUUCUAAAAGUUAAUCAACUGUUAGCAUAAUCAACUGUUAAUGUUUCGAACAACUGGCUCCAGAGUUCCUCACUGUUGUAGAUACGGGUUUAUGAGUGUACAUUUGUUUAUGAUAUAUACGUGUUUGUUUAUGUUUAUGUUGCUGGCGAAAGAAACCAGUGUAUUUUAUACCUAAGUAAGAAUUAAACAACAGCUAUUCUUAUUUCUUGUUGACAGUUCUAAUAUUUUUACAUAUGUAGAUACUUUCAUAUGCCCUAAAUCUUUUAGAUGUGUUGCAGAUACUUGCAGUAAUUUCAUUUUUGAACAAAGGUAUAAACACGAACGUCUAUAGUAUUUACUAUACUUCGCAAACAAAGUUCUGCACAUUUUUAAGGAUGUAUGAAAGUUUUAUAGAGAAAAAAAGUAAUAUUAAAUAUACAUCAAUGAAAACAAUUAUCUGUCUCUUAGCAUAUGAACAUGAUGGUUUCCUUUUGAUAAUUGUUUUCAGCUCGUCUGAUUUUUAAAAAAAAUUCUACGAGGUAUUGUCACACGAUCGGCGUUGGUUAAAACUUUUGUUUUGGUCCACCUUUCUCAAAAACUAAAACAACUGUAGCUUUGAAACUUUGUACACUUGUUUAUUAUUUUUAGAUUUAGUAUGUAGGUCAAGAACCAUAACUCUUACAUUUUAUGAGAAUUAUGGACCUUUUUAUGACCCCGGCGUCGACUGAUGCGGGAGGCAUAUAGUGAUUGUCCUGUCUGUUCGUCCGUCCGUCCGUACGAGGUUAACCAAAUGGGACCGUUUCGUCUAGCAUCAAUACCCCUUACUAGAAUGACUUGAUACUAAUGCAGAACUGUGUAACCUGUGACCAUUCCUCAUAUUCAGACGUCACCUGACCUCAGUUUGACCUUGACUUUGAACUUGACCUCGUUUUGGACUUGGGUUGCUUGGUAUCGACAAGGAUGCCACCGGGGGCAUCAAGCGUUUAUUGAACGCAGCUUAGAACCACUGCCUUACCCUUGCAUGAUCGUAAGAGGCGACUAAUAGGGUCUUAACACUUGGUUUUGCUGUAACUCUGUGAUUCCAGCAGGUAUACAAAUUUUGACUCCAUACCUAUGUUUUUAUUUCGAUGUAAAUGAGAUGUGAAACCAAAAUUUGUAGUCCUGUUUGGCGCCGUAUAACCUAUACUGUGUUGGUGCGCCGUAAAACCCAAAUAAAUAAAUAAAUAAAUGAACGCAG